AUGUCGACUACUGUAUUCAACAUAAUUUUGAACUUUAUGAAAGAUGAGCCAGUAAAACGUAUUACAGCAGGAUCAGUAAUAUAUAAAGUCACAGAAGAUGACCAAACAAUAACAAAAGAAGAUCUCUUUAAACUCUUUAAAUUGAUGAUUGAUGCAAUUCAGACCAUGAAAAAUAUUGCUGGUGGAGAUUCUGAGCACUUCAAAAAGAUUUCUAACAUUCAUUUAGAGCCUACAAGUACAAGUUGUGUCUUUGAACGUAGUGAAGGGUAUUUCGACCCUAGUGAACAAGUUCUCCUUGAUGGUAAUAUGAUAAAGAAAAACAUAAGAUAUUUACAAGGAAAACUUUCAAGUGAUUCAUCUUCCCUUUCUUUGGAACUUUAUCAAAAUGUGAAUAAAAUUCCUAUUACAAACCUAACUUGGAAAGACCCUCUAGCCAGUCAGGUUGUAAGUGAAGAUUCAAUCAUAGUAGAAAAUUUAUCACCUAAACAGAAUGAAAAAUAUAUGAAGAAGGAAGAUGAAAUAAAAUUGUGGAGGGAAACAAAUGAUGGCAUAUUUUGGGUACAACAGGGGUGUAACCCAGAAAAAAUCCAAUUUGGUAUUGUAGGAAUUCAGGUAGCAGGGACCGAGAUCCAGUUAAAUGUACUCAUUAGGGAUAACUUUGAUAUACAUCAAUAUUAUCAUCUUAAAAAAACACAAAUUCAUAUACAGCGAUCUGAACAAGCCUUAUCAACUUUAUCUGAAUUUGUUGAGUUAUUGUUGAAUUUAUGGUACUCACAAGUAAGAUGCGUAGUGUUGAAAAAAAGUACCACAGUAUCAUCACCGCCUAGGGAAGAAAUACACAAUGAACAAAACAAAAAGAGGAAGAAAAGAUCUAAGAAAAAAUCAGGAUCUAUUAAACAUAGAAUAGUUGUGGAAAAAUAUAAUUCCAAAAUGCCGAACUAUAUCCUGCUUGGCAAUAAUUGGUUUUGUACUAAAAAAUAUGAUAAUAAACUUCCAACUUAUUUACCAGAAAUAGUGAUAGAUGCAGAAGAUGCUUGG